AUGGGUCCUGCCCGGCUCUCCACUGCUGUGAACGCAGCACGGCUGGCCAGGCAGGAUGCCAUGAGCUCCCAGUCUGAACGGGAACCAGAGUUGCCCGAGCUGCUCUGUGCCAUGGAAAGAAAUAACACCGGCUUCCUCCUGGCAUCACGGAGCGGCUGCACACGGUGGAGCGUCGCUUUGGGGCUCGGGGAACAAGCGCUGAGUGUUCCCAGUCGCCCGGUCUGGGAUGACGAGCCGCGGCUACAGAUCGUUCGGAUGCGGGAAGCCCCCUCCCUGGACCUGUGUGCGGAGCUCGCCCCAGCCCUGCGGCGCAAGGACACCCAAAUGAGAGCGGCCUGUCGUGGAGAAGCGCCCGGCGAUCGCUGUGUGGACGCUGGCGACUCCAGGCUGCUCCCGGCCAGUCGUGAAUCCGCUGGAAGUGGGAAGUCGAUGGCGGGUCGCUGCCUGGAAGCUGCUGGGGGCAUCCUGGUUACAGACACACAGGGAGGGGUUUGUGUCUCCCAAUCUCACUCCUGUUUGUGUGUGAACGCAGAGCUCCCUGCACCCAGACCCUCCAUCUCCAUCAGCCCCAGCGGGGUGAUCACCCUGGGGGGAGCCGUCACCAUCCGCUGUCAGUGUCGGUGCGAGGCCAGGAGGUUAUUUCUGUAUAAAGGUGGAAUCCAAAUCCGGGAGCUGGAUGCUGAUGGGGAUGGGGGUGAAUUCACCAUCCCCAGUGCCAGACGGGAACACGGAGGUGUCUACACGUGCCAAUCUCGCUCCAGAUCAGAGCCACCCGACUGGUCGGAUCCCAGUGACAUCAUGCAGAUCAUUGUAGUAGAGACCACCUACUCCAAACCCUCCAUCUCCCUGCGCCCCAGCGGGGGGGUCGCCCUGGGGGGAGCUGUGACCGUCCGGUGUCAGGGUUGGUACCAGAACGUGAGGUUCCUUCUGUACAAAGAUGGAAACCCGAACGCGCUGCAGGACGCGGAGCCGGCUGGGAACGUGGCUGAGUUUCCCAUCAGCAACGUGAGCCGGAGAGACGCAGGGAGCUACAGCUGUUAUUAUCACCACAAAUUGUACCCGUUCAUCUGGUCGUAUCCCAGUGACCCUGUGGAGCUGGUGGUACCCAACUACACCAAACCCACCAUCUCCAUGAAACCCAGCAAGGAGGUCUCCCUGGGGCGAUCCAUGAGCGUCUGGUGUCAGGGGCAGUGCCAGGGCGUGCGGUUCGUGCUGAAUAAAGAGCGACGCCAUUUCACACCUGUGGAGUCGGACCGGUUUGGGGCUGUGUUUACCAUCAGCAACGUGAGCCGGGAGGACGGCGGGAGCUACAGCUGCUCCUGUCACAGCAAAUCGGAGCCGUUCACCGUGUCGUACCCCAGCGACCCCGAUGAGCUGUUGGUGAGAGAUCCCAGCUUACCCAGACCCUCCAUCUCUCUGAGCCCCACUGGGGUCACCGCCCCAGGGGCAGACGUCACCAUCCGGUGUCAGGGGCAGCGCCGGAAUGUGACGUUCUUCCUGCACAAGCCUCGAGACCUGAACCCGCAGCGACACGUGGACCCUGCUGGGGACUGGGCCGAGUUCCGCCUCCCCACCGUGGGCCGGCAGCACAGAGGGAACUACAGCUGCAGCUACCGGCCCCAAUCAGAGCCCUUCGUCUCCUCAGAGCCCAGCGACCCCGUGGAGCUGGUGGUAGCAGAGCCCACUCUGCCCAAGCCCAUCAUCAGCCCCAGCGGGGAGGUCUCCCUGGGGGGAGCUGUGUCCAUCCAGUGUCGGGGGCAGGGCCAGGGCGUGCGGAUCGUGCUGAAUAAAGGGGGACGCCAUGUUGCCCACGUGGAUUCGGAGAAGUCGGUGUUUGAGUUUCCCAUCAACAACGUGCGCCGGGAGCAGAGCGGGAACUAUAGCUGCUCCCAUCACAGCAGGUCGGAGCCGUUCGUCAGGUGGAGCGAGUCUGUGGAGCUGGUGGUGAGAGGGUAAGGACCAGCCCCGAGACAGAGCAGAUGAGACCCCAGCUCUGCUUCCCACCCCAAUCUACCUGCCCUAGGAUUCAGGACUCCUGGGUUCUCUCCCCGGCUCGGGAUGGGAAGUGCUGUCCAGUGGUUACACCAGGGGGACGAGGAGGUUUUAAUGUUGUAUUUUUUAGUUAUUUUCCUAAUGAUAAGUUGAUUCUCAUUAGUUGAUAACCAUUAAAAAUGUUGAUUUGCAACUAAAUAUAGUCUUAACACUGAAUUUGGUGCUUUUUCUUUUGCUAACCAUGAUGGCAAACUAUAUCUAUCCACGUUGAUUGAAGCAGUUAUAUGGAGUCAUUUACAUUUCUUCAGUCUAAUUUUUACAUUUUAAUUAUGUUGGAAAAUGGCAAAUGAUACAUUUAUUUCCUAGAUUAUGAUGAUUUUUUUACUUCUUAUUUGUCCAAGCUCUGUUUGGAUGGAAAUUCAAAUGCACAGAAACAGCAUUUUCAAUAUGUUUAUUAAUUAAAUAAAACAACCUUAAAUGUGCUGAAUACAUAAUAAA